AUGGCCUGGUGGCAAGGCCUGGCGGCCCCGCUAUUCAUUUUGUGCCUUGCGCUGGUUUACCUCGCCAGAUAUCUCAGAGAUCCCAUUCGCUCGAUACCAGGGCCGUUUUGGGCUAAAUUAUCGGGCGCCUGGAUCAUAUUACUGGACCUGUCAGGAAAUCGAAGCACAACGAUCCACGAUUUGCAUCUGAGACAUGGCGCUGUCGUGCGAAUUGCUCCAAACCAGCUGUCUUUCUCGUCCACUCGAGCCCUCAAGGACAUUUACGGGGCCAAUUCCAAAUACACAAAGGCCGAGAUCUACGAAUCACUAGGUCAAAAAGGCAUCUUCACGACUCGCGACCGGGACGAGUACCGAGUUGCCAAGAAACGAGUCGUUCCAAGCUUCAGUCAAGCUUCAAUCGCCCAGAUGGAGGACAUGAUUCACCGACACGUGGCAAAUCUGGUCAAGUGCUUUGAUAAACGGGUGAACAUCUCACUGGACGUCCUCCCGUGGUUUCGAAUGUUUGCUCUCAGCGUUGUCGGCGAGGGCUUUGCAGGUAAGAGCUUUGGCGGCCUCGAGACAGAAAAGACGCCUCAAUUACUCCUCGAUCUGGACGCCGUGUUCCCUUCUCUCUGGGUCUGGUGGAUGUUUCCCACGACUUCCAAAAUCUUACAGUACGCCCCGUUCAAAGCCGUCCGCGACUUCCUCAGGGCUGGUGAUGAUUUCAAUCAGUAUUGCGGCGAUGCAUUCUAUGAGUACUUACGCCACGUCGAUCCUGCAGGGCGACAUGACCUGAUCGCCAAAAUGCUGAACGAAAGGAAAGAACUCAAAGGAAACGCUUCCGACAUACCUCGGGCCUUGACCGACAAGGGAAUUAUCGACGAAGUCACGAACCUCGUGUUUGCCGGGACCGACUCCACAGGAAACACUCUUUCAUAUUUGUUUUAUGAAUUGUCAAAGCAGCCUAAGUGGCAAUUGCGGCUACGAGAGGAGCUCAAGGACGUGCCAAUUCCUCACAAAUACAAUGUCGUGGCUGAAUUGCCGGUACUUGAAGCUGUCGUGCAAGAGAUACUGCGGCUCCGACCAGCGGCACCGGCCAGUUUGCAGCGUAUCACCCCUGAUACUGGGGGGUUGAUUGACGAUGUGGUCGUCCCCGCAGGCACGAUUGUUUCGUGCCAGGCGUUGACCAUUCAACGAAAUCCGCUCAUCUUCCCGGAUCCAGACACAUUCAACCCGCAGCGGUGGCUGGACGCCGAGGGAUCAGAACAGUUGGAGACCAUGCGUAAUCAUAUCACCGUCUUCGGCAAAGGUGCGCGGGCUUGUCUGGGGAGAAGUCUAGCGACAAUGGAGAUCAAGCUGGCCACGGCCGCAUUGAUCACGCGAUACAACGUUGAGAUUGGCAGUGCGACGACACACAAGGAUAUGGAGAUGGCGUGCCACUUUGUGCUAGUUCCCAAAGGGAAACAAUGUGUUCUAAAGUUCAUCCCAAUUUCAUAG